GAGCUGGAGUAGCCAGGAACCUGUUUUCGCACGGCCGGUGCCAGUGGAAGAGAGCGUCAGCGGGUGCACAUAAGGAACGCCAUGUCUGGGCGCACAGAAGGAAGGCUCUGCCGCUCUCAAGUUUUCGUUCAAUCAUGCGCUGUUUUCUCAGAGGCGCGUGCUCUCCCAACGGCCACACGAUGGCAACACAAUGUCUUCGUCAUCCGUUCCCUCCAUCCCUGCCACUUGCGACACGUGCCACGACAUGAUGAUCAUCGGGGUGUUGAUGAAGAUGAUGAUGAUGCUGAUUGCAAUGCAGAUGAUGAUGAUGAUGAUGAUGACAAGGACGGUGGUGAUGUUGAUGACUACGACGAUGUCGCUGAUGAUGAUGAUGAUGAUGAUGUUGAUGAUGUCGUUGAUGAUGAUGAGGAUGAUGAUGAUCAUGAUGAUGAUGAUGGUGUUGAUGAUGAUGACAACGAUGAUGAUGAUGAUGAUGAUGAUGAUGAUGAUGACGAUGACGAUGAGGAUGAUGACGAUGAUGAUGAUGAUGAUGACGACGAUGACGACGAUGAUGAUGAUGAUGAUGAUGAUGAUGAUGAUGAUGAUGAUGAUGAUGAUGAUGAUGAACACAAAGAAGGAAUGUCGAAGCGCCGACAACUGGACCCCAGCAGCGGGCAGAAGGACGGGAAAGAGUUGGCAACGAGAGGGACGCCCGCAGACACGUGGCGCAACAGCGGAGCAGCAAAGGCGAUGGAGGAGGUCGCCGAAGGGACGUCGCGCGCGAAUGCGCUCGUCACGGCUGGAGAUGCGAAUGCGCUGCACCAGACCCCAGGCAGCGGAGCCCAAAACUGUCAUCGCACCCCAUGGAAAGACCCGCCUGUGGCACCGGAGCGGGUACUGCUCCAGGAACGAGCAGUGACGAGCGCAGUCCACCAACUCUUGUUUCCGCGAGCCUCCCCAAGUUCGUGGCGACGACCUGACGUAGUGGCACUCGACGCGGCUGAAAUGGCGGCUAAUGCAGCCAAGUGCUCUGUGGAUAUGGUUCAGGAACCUGUGUCCGAGGACAGCGUUAGACACCGGGAUGAGGUUCCCGAACUCCAACAUGUUGGCGAACUUGUACUGGCUCGCCCAUGGACAGCGACUCUCCAUCGUGGCCCAAUUCCCAUCGCACCAACCGUCAAUAUGCAGUCCCAUGCACGGGACGACGGUCAUCCAGGGGUCCUCGUCGAAGUCCUCCGCGGUCUCUCCGUGGAUCGUAGUCACACCAUCAAAAUACCGCACGGAUCUCGCGCAAGGACGAAACGGUUCUGCCAAGCGAAUGUGCAUCUCGGGACUCAUGGCAGUCGUCGGCGGUUCUACAUGAAAAAUGUGUACGGUUCGAAGGGGAACGUCGUCGCCGGUGCCAAGGGGGCAGUUCUCGACAUGUGUUUGUUCGAGGGGUUCGGAGCGGGUGCUGCGAACACCCCGUUCUACAACGACCUCCGGCGGCAUGGCGGGUUUGUUUUGGGUCGAGAGUUCUUCGACUUGUUGGAGGACAAGGACAUCGCCCUCGACGUCCCUUGCAAAGUCGGCCCCGACCUGGAACUGUCAACGCCUUUGCAGUUGUGCGACGGUUGUGAGUCAAGCGGGGCAGCGGGGGAGGGGGGGGAUCUGGGUUCCGGCGAGGCUACACAUGUGCAGCGGGAGGAUGCCAGAGGUCAGUUUGAUGACAGCGAAGAUGAGGCAACACCGUGUCCGCCGUUUUCGACGUCGAGGGAAAAAGACCGGUCCGUGCUGUCCAUACCUGGGGUCCGACAAGAGGUCGCAGCGGAUCCCGGAGAAGAGGCAGUCCAGUGUGGGUCCGACUUGGAGCCCGGCGAGGGCCAUGGCGCGGACAACAACGCCGUGGGCGGUGAGGGAGCGCAGGGGACUCCCCAAAAAAGAAGGGGAGAUUGUCAAGAGGACUUGGUAGGCUCUUCGAAGAAACAGAAGACCAGGACCCCGAAGACUACGGAAGAGAAACGGAAGGGAAGGGGGGUGGAAGAGGACCACCCGGGUAGCAAACGUUCGGCUUCAAAACAGAAACAGCCUGCGUCAGGACCUUCCACAACGAGGCCUGCCAUCGACGUGGACGCCAGGUACUUCCUGGAGUACAAAGACGGUGUCAGGACAAGGCGGGAGUUUGAGAUUAGCCCGACUCAGAUCGUAGACCUCGGGGAGUGGGAGGAUCUUUACAACCAGCGAUCUCUGGAUCCAGUCCUCGUGGGAACGAUAAAAGAAGCAAUGCAGUAUGCGUUCGAAAAUAAAGAGCAGACGUACGAGUUGUCGAUCUUCAAACUCGCACCACUGGGGCUUCAAAAACCAACUCUCGGGACCAAGGCUCAACGUCUGAAGCCGGAGGAGUGGAAGGACGAGCUGGCAGGAGAAUACUACUACUACGCGUGGAAGCAUGACGGUUGCCCGAGAGCUGUGAUGGGGAACCCUAGCGGGAAACAAGAUCAGGUCCGGGUUUGGCGUAAGUUUUGUACAACGACGCUCUAUAAGGCGCCUCACAACAGCUUGUGGAUUCUCGCGGAUCAAAAGGAAGAGGAGACCCUUAAGAAGCAAAAUGCUGCCCUGCGUUUUUUUUUCCCUCUCGCGAUGGCCGGAGAAAAUGUCUGGAAACUGGCCGUGGAAUUUUUCGAAAAAUGGGAGACGGGUAGAUUGCUGAGCCAUGACGGAGCGAAGUGGAUCGUGAAAAAGAAGAAGGUAAAAAAUAUCAAGCCUGGGGUCGCCUACAUCCACAACGACAAGUCGGGCAGAACUGAGGUCGUGUACAACGUCCCCGUGGAUCCACCAAAUAAGAAAGGCAAAAAGGAGAAAGAGGAGGGUGAUUGGUUCGUGCAAGUGCCCGACCCAGACGCGCAUUGUUGGGAAGCAAUGGAAUCACUCACGGACAAUGAGAAGUGUCGCGUUCUUAAGAAGGUGCUUGCUUGUGAGGUCGUUUGGGUCCAGGCCGGCUCCCCGUCGUUGGCGAAGUUGGGGAAGCUCAGCGUGCAGGACAUGGUGCAGCUGGUGAAGUGCGACCGUGUGUUGGUCCGGUUGUGGAAUUACCACCAAUUCAAACACCAGAAGAGGCCGAACGCGGAUUGGAUCCAAAGGUACCCUUUCCUGAGGUCUGCAGUGUUCAGGAAGUUUGAAAGUCAAGGAUUGGAUGACGAGUUGUGGGAUAACAGCAGGAAACACGUUUCCGACUCGGUGCUGUUCAAGGAUUGCCCGCCGUACAUGGGUUGCGACCAUGACAACGCGAUUGAGGUGACAGAGAAGUUGGCAGGACACAAGAAGUUGUCCGUCGACUGGAGAAACAAGGUUCUCUCCGUGUUGAAUGGUAGCAGACUGAAGAGCCGGAAGGUCGCCCUUGUCGAAGGCAUUGUUCACAUUAAAUGGAAAGACACGGGGGACGUGAUAUCCAUCGCGUCGUUCGCUAACGACCCUUUGGAGGCGUACACGAGGGGCGCAGAGCUGAAGGAAGCAGUGGCUUCCUACGUUGCUGCCACAAAGAGCCACACGUUCGUCCUCGAUCUGUGCGAGCCGGUUGACCUCAAUCUGUGGAAGGCCCAAGCGUGGGAGACUUUGGAUUCUUAUCUUCAGACGUGGCGUCCGUCACAAUGGACUCUCGUUGUUUUCGUGCCGCGGCAGCACAACCUCACGUUUCUCGCCAGCAUGCACCAUCUUUCUUUCGUCAAGCUGUUGGAAGGGAUGUGGGUGAGAAGAGUUCAGCAAAAGAAAAGUUUCCCCGUUGGAAACAAUUUAUACACGGAGGAAGACCGCAUGCACAUCCUCUUCAAGGGUGACGAUCUGCGCGCCAACACGUCCGUGGUCUACGAGGGAAACCUGCCCAGGGGUGCCGCUGCUGCGGUGCGAUUGCCUCAGAGGGUCACCCAAACGGAUGUGUCCGAGAUUCCCUUUGUGCCUUGCGAUUGGUCGCUGGUGGCGCCGGAACGACAAGGCAAUGUCUACGGGGAUAUGGAACGCAAUCCGACACAAUUCGUCGGUCUUCUUGAUUUCCUUGGUAAGAAGGGAGAGGGUGUCGUGUUCCUUGGGAAACCGCACGCGCGAAGCGUCUGGGAUCUUCUGAAGGUCGGUCGGCACGUUGUCGCGAUGGAAGGAAACGCCGAGCUCUGGCAAUUCACGAUGCAGGUGGUGAAAAGCGAGGUCAAUUCGGGCGCGCAAAAUUGUGAGUUCAUGGUCGUGAAGCCAACACGGGAUAAGGUGUGGAGCAACAAGACGGAUAUGUGGUUCAAGUUGAGCAAGAGGAAGAGGAACAAGAUAUACGAUUUCUUGUUCCUUCAAACACGGCGGAGGAAGGACUCUGAUGCCGAGUACGUCCGCCGGAAGGACCACAUGUUCGCAGUGCUCGACAACUACCACUUCGCCUCCCGCAUGAACGCAAAGACGUUUCUCGAUAGGCUGCAGUCGCUUUACUUCGUGAAGUCCGAGGAGGGAGAAAAUGGAGGAACGGAGGGGAGCGCAAGAAGCGAAGGAAGAGGGGAGGAAGAAGGGGAAGAAGAGGAGGAAGGGGAGGAAGCGGGAGAAACGGAGCUACUUGAUUUGCUUGAAGGAAGGGAGGGUGCCGGAUCUAGAGACAAGGAGGUGGAGCACAGUGAGGACGAUGUCAGAUCUGGAAAGUCGUCUGACGAGUUCGGACAACUGUAUGGAGAGCAUCACGAGGAUGAUGCCGACGACGAUGCCACGGCAAUAGAGAUGGAGACACAGGUCAUUAGCAACCUUUCCGCACAGCCUGAAGAUUAUGCGGUCCGACCACUGACGUCUGCUGUCAACUUGCGACACCGCUUCGACGAGGCUUUCGUCGCUAUCAGCCCGUCUAAAACAAGUCGGCGUAUAAGCAUCGACGAAGUUAUCGACGGUAUCCUCGGCGACCACAACGUGUCUGCCCGUCCGUCCACAACGCCUGACAUCGACGAAACUGCCAACGUCACGUCCCCCGUUGCAGCUGCCCUCGCUUCGUCGCCGCCGAAGUCCCUGGUCCUGCUGGCCACCCUUGCCGCCGGAGAGGAAGGCGAGGUCGGGGGAUGACAACAUGUCACGUCCCCAAAAAAAUCGAGGGUCGGCGGUCAAGCUCUCGACGUGCUCACUUUGCCCGCGCCAAAUUCCCCAU